CAGCAGAGAUAGCGCAUUCAUAACUGGAGACAAAAAGAGCUGUAUAGAGGAUAUACCACCAACCGUACGGUACCAUUAACGUUACAAUAGCUAGCUCAUACUUACUAUUGCAAACUGCAGAUAUGAAGCAAGACGAACAGCAACAAAGAACUGCGACGAAUGAUAGUCUUGCCGCAGACUACAAGGCGACGGAAGAGGCAGGAAAGGAAGAGGAAAAUGUACCAGUGCUACAUGGAUCCAUUGCUCCGCUUCCCUCCGUGAACGAACUUGGACGGGGUCAAACAAGCGCCAGCACGAUCACCAGCACGAGCACACCUGGAGCCUUUGCCGUUGCUCCGACUCCCUUUGCCAUUAAUGACCCUCCACCUCCUUCCAUGGAGCCAAUGGCGUCCACAGCCGACGACUCCAGAUUGGUGGAAGCAGAGUUGGUGACUCCUCCCGUGGAAGCCAUACAAGUACUGUCGUCGGAUGAUUUGGAACGCCAAGAGCCAACGAAUAAUAACAAGAACGACCAAGUCGCAAACACUGGAACACUGCCGGAACAAGGCGACAAUAAGCGUUGGUUGUGGCCCAUUGCCGCUGUGAUUAUUUGUGUCUUGGCUGCUGCUCUGGUUGUGACGCUUUUGGUACUACUGCGAGAAAGCAACCAAGAGAGUAGCAGUUUGAAUGAUGCUGGUUUGACUACUCGUACCAAUCUGUCACUGCCCGAGAUCAAUGAGAUCAUCACUGUCACACCGGCUCCAACCUUUGACUAUCCCUGCUUUUCCGAGUCUCUCGAGUUGAACUUUGCGCUGGUACAAAACCCCCACCAAGACCUCUUUGUCGUGUGCCCCAACUCCCAUAUCCGAAUCGGGAUCAUGAGAAUACCUUCCGUCAACAACACAUACAUAAAUGGCCAGGACCCGUUGUUCAUUGUUCGAUCCAAUGUCGAAGUCCGCUGUGGCCUCGAUGGUUCAUCCAGCAACAACUGCACUUUGGACGGAGGAACCAGUCAGCUUGUCAUUAUGUACUACGGAGAAAAUCAGUAUGGGAUUACCCCACAAGACGUUCAAAAUGUGACCGUUCGUGGCAUCACCUUUACUGGAACAUUGGAUCAAGGGUUUCAGUUCGGGUCCGCAUCGGUGCUCGUCGCCAACCAACAAGCCAAAGAUAUACAACUCAUCGAUUGCCGUUGGCAACAUAGCUUCGUUCCUUUGUUUCUGGUAUACGUUGGAAUCAACCCCUACCUAUGGAGCCAGGGCACAAUGGCGCUGCCGUCUCGAGGGAAUCAGGUAUCCAUUGUCGACAGCACGUUUACCAACAUUACUUACGGGAGUGCUCUCUUUGCGGUUAUGGACCAAGUCGUUUCCAUUGAACGGGGCCGCUUUUCAGACUUGAAGGUGGAGGAAAACCCGCGAAACUGUGACUUGCAAGGUCCCGUGUUUUGCACCAACGUCAUGUAUUGUGCCCUAUCCAGCCAUUGCUCGAUUCAUGAUACAUGUCUGCAGGACGUGGAAUAUCUCGCCGAUGCCGGACUCUUGACCGCCUCGCUACAGGCCGAAUGGGAUAUUUCCAACAUUCACGGAGAUCUUGUGUUGGCCGAUCGCCAGAUCGAUGCCAACCAAUUUGAGACUUGCGACUCUGCAGUCGGCCAGUACAAGGAUCACUUGUUCAGCUCGAUGGAGUGUGCUGAUCCAGCAUCUUUGUAUGAUGCAAGUCCGGUUUGCCCGCUGCUUUAGACCAUACUUUGAUAUUUGCUUGGUUUUGACAUUAUUUUUUAUUACAGUUUCGUCUUUGGUGUGUUUUGGAAGCUGGUGUGUCGGACUUGGUAGACUUCUGUUAUGGUCUCUGCAUGUCAUGGCUUGUGUCUGUCCUGGAACCCGCACGAGCGCAUGAUCCUUACUUAGUUCAGUCACUUUUUGCUAAAAUCGUAUGAUCCUGGUAUGGCAACC